AUGCAGUACCUUGGUGAAACUGAUUCUACUACAAGUGCCCGAUCACGUCAAACAACUGCGCCUUCAACAGUUGUUGGAACAGAGCCAUUACUUCGACGCUCAGGCUUCGAGUCCCAGCACUCCAUUCCCCAAGCCACACCCUUAACAAUCCGAACUUCUAGCCUCAAGGUCCAUCGAUCAAUACCGCCACAUUCCUCAUCUUCCAUUUAUUCUUUUGCUGAUGAAAAUAAGUCUCAUCAGGUUGUCACACUCCAGACACCUUUGUUGUCUGCCGAAGAUCGGAGUUCUUCAGAAAGAAGCAACCAGUGGUCUUCUUCUGAUCUCUCCUCCAUUCGUUCCUGCAGUGUCAUUUCAGUCCCUGUAACUAGCCAUGAUAAAACUCGACCCUAUCAUGGUUCUAUUUUUGGCACCUCCUUCUCUAGCUCUGCUACUGGAGGAAUGGGUCACAUUGAUGAACUUCAAAAUGGCAGACUUCCUAGCCCUGCUAAAAAAACUGGAGAAACUGGUGAAACCUUUCAAAUCCGAGACGGAACCCCUGGGAUUUCUGAUCCAUCACCUGAUGGCUUGAACGCGUCAGUCGAUGCAGCUGAAGAGCUUCACAAACUUCGACUUCAAUUAUACGUUUUUGUUCUUCGGUGCAUCGCCUACCCGUUCACAGUGCCUCUUCCACAGGAUCCGGUUCGGCGAUACUUAAAAGUCACUCGAGAGUACUUGGGUGUCCUAAGGGAACGGUUCACUGCCUUUUUGAACAGAGACCUACAGAUAGUUUGCGACGAGGCCUUUUUUAACGCUGUACAACAUUUUGAUGAGAUCUAUCUCAGGAAUGAAUUUGUCGAGCGUGCGGUAAUAGCUGGUGGCUUUUCAAUGAACGACAUUCGAGGGGUUUUUGUCAGAAGCAUUGAGCAGAGGUUGCAACGGUUUGAGGAAAUUGACGGCCUGCCAAAGCAAACUGUGAUAGGUGCCUGGAAAGUGAAGUUUGAUCAAAUAUGCCGUGGGGGUGAGGGGCCCUGUCCCAUCGCAAACCGCCUUGGUUCUCCUCAACUCGAGUUGACAAAUCCAACUAAGGAGCAACUCUACGACCUAUUUAUGCGAAUUCUUUUCAUCAAGAAGUAUGAGCACCAGAUUCUCUACAACGCCUGUCAGGUAUGUCACGGAAUUUUCACUUUGUGGACUAAUUUGCGUGAAAAUGUUGAGUUUUUACAGUUGGAUAGCAUCGAUGAACAAGCAGCACAGGUUCGACGAGAGCUAGCCGAUCGAAAGAGUUUUCUGGAGGAAAUGGCAGCUAAUCGUCGUUAUCCCAAGAUGGUGCACAAGGAGAUGGAAGUACAGUACGUGGAAGAGCAGAUUAACAGUUUGAAUCAGCUGAUGUUACAGCUGGAUACAGUACCUGUAGGGAAGUCUCACGGCUAUACUGCUGGACCUGCAUCGGCUGUAGGUGUUGUGGUCCAGUUACAGCGUCGACUUAAAAAGUGUUCCGGCCACGCACAGACGGCUCAGAACCUGUCAUCCACAGUAGGAAUUCAGAGCUCCCAGAAUGGAGGUUUCGACGCUCGCAGAGGUGGUGCGGCUGGAUUGUCACCGGGUCGUCACACUUCCAUUAUUGCUUGGACUGCUAAUGAAGGUCAGCAGCAGCAACAUCAACAACUGCUGAUAGAUGGAACAAAUAUGCAGUUAUUGUCUUCCAUCAAUCAUGCGAGUGGGAAUGCUUCCAAAUUAUCCAUCCAGUUAUCGUUCACUCUUGAGGUAAGGAUUGUUGUGCUCUUAAGACGUAUCCAUUCCGUACAGAUCCUAAUUUGUCAGCUUCGUCCACUCCGACAUCUCUCUGGCAGCAAGCAACUCUUUUGUACCAUUGAGGUAGAGGGGUGUCCUGAGAGGCAGCGAACUGCUUUUGUCAAAGCUGCCAAGCCCAUAUGGGAUACCCUUGCCGAGUUUGAAACACCUCAUCCUCUUCCCUGUGUAAAAAUCAAACUGAUGAAGGAAAGUACCGGCCCACUCUCUCUAGAUCACAAGGAGCUUGGCCGCGUAUCUCAGUACACUUUUAUAAUGGCUGCCUUCAAGGAGGCAAAAAGUGUUGCCUACGAAAGCAUGAUUCUGGACGGGUAUACUGUCGAUUACUGUGAGACCAAUCAAGAUCUGGUGUCAGCGGCCAAGGCAGAAUUAGCCACUGAGCCUGGUGGUCUCUCAUCGUCAAUGCCUACGCUGAAUAAAGUGAAGGGACCGGGCAGCCUUACUAGCGCAUUUGGUGGCACAAGUGGUCCAAAAAACUGUUCAGUGGCAAUAGUGCCCACUUCACGGGAAGUAGCUUCCCUCCAAGGCAGCGUAGAAAGCGGCGGGGGGGCGUUCGAUAGUCUGCUUUUCAGUCACCGAUUACCGCGCUUCUUCUUUAACCUUGUGCGUGAGGGCGACGCACUCACUUUUGCCGUAUUUGAGGAGUCUGAACUGCACGCCUGGGUGCAAGCUAUCCACCGAGCUACUGGCCAAUCUCAUAAACCCAUUCUUCCUACACACGUCAUCUCUAAGACGCAUUUUAGAAAAGGUGACUGCGACGGUGCUCAUCAUCUUGGCGUUAAUGCGCUUGUCGCAGUCAAACCUCAUAAAGCUGACCAUCUGCCCUUGCUCAAGGAACUUCUUGUUCGAAUGCUGGAUUACCGCCUUAAGGACCCCUUCGUUUCUCUGGGUUGGCUUAGUCCUUCGCAAAGUCUCGUUCUGGAAGAGUAUUGUAACCGUUACAGCAUUCGAGAGUGCCAGCGCUAUCUAAUCUUUCUCAAUGAAUUGCUCAACCUCGGUGAACAAAAUCUUAUGAUUGACAUCGACUUAAUCUUCCACUCAUAUGUUCUCUGCGCUGACCACGUUCAAGGCAAAACACAGGAGAAUGGAAUAAAUACUGUGCUUAAUGCAGAAAUGGAUGAAUUCCAGAGAGUUCGAACACGAUUGUUGGCGUUUCUCGAGAAGCGAUUGACGGGGUUCCGGUUUCACUUUCCCUUCAAUCGGCCGGAUGGAGGCCUGGAAAAGUUGUUGUUACUUUUAGAUCGAGUCAUUGCCCACUCAAAUGAGGGAAUUACAACAACAGAGGCGGUAAGGUCUAUGGUUCGCGUAUGUCUCCGCAACGCAGCUGUCUUAAACUACGAAAAGAUCUCCGAAUUCGCGCAACAGGAGGGUAAGGGAAUGCAUUUUCGGAUCCUCAUCUCCCUCUCUACGUUAGCUGGACUGCACACUCACGAGAAACGAUUGCGUGAUCUUCUUCGCCUUGCUGAAAUUUGCGUUGAUACGCUUCAGCAAAACGAUGAUUAUUUUGCGAAGUCCUUUAUCUGGUAUGGUGAUUUGUUUGUCGAGCAUUCCGAAAACUUCCUCUCACUUUUUCAAAUGGACAUGACAGACGUGCUUGAUAAUUUACCGUCUGACAAUUGGGACGUUUUUCAGAUUUUUCAAUUCCUCAAUAACUGCCUUCUUAAUUCAGAAACACUUGCUAAUGGACCAUUUCACACUGCUCUGUUGGACCGGUUCGCACCUCUGGUUGAGAGCUACCUCAGUCUUACGGAGACUUCCAUCACAAAAUUUAUGAUUAGCGGAAUUGAGAAAGAAUCAUGGACUCCCAUACCAGGCGAAGGACCGCAAAACGGUGUGCCUUUUGAGCUCAUUCCACUUUCACAAACACAUCCUGACACCGACAAUGAGAGCUAUCGCUCCUUGAACAUAAGGAGGCAAAACCGAUCGCUACGCCAAACACCCACAGAAGAUGUUAUCGAGGAGGCUGAUAAUUCCCCCUCCCCGAUCCAUAAUGGUCUCCAUCCAAGCUCCACUAGACAGGUUCGCAUCUCCAAGUCCUCCAAUGUCGGUCCGACAAGUGCUUUUCUCGAUGUGCUUUCUCGAAGCCGUCCUCUGGCCUUUGUCUCGCAUGUCAUGAAUCCUAGUGCAUCUAUGCGGUCGUCAGCCGUAAGCGCGGGUCGGCGGUCCAUCGUGCUUAUUACGCCAAUGCCAAAAAAUUCUGGUUUUGGCGAUAACGAUCAAACUACCAACGGUGAACAAAUGGAGCAUUUUGAAUUGGCCGCAGAAUUAAUUUGUGCUCGAUGUUGUCGCACUGUUGGGUCGCUGAUAUUCAGGCUUUACGCCCUCAAGGAUUUUAUUGCUGAGCUUGGAUGGCCAGAGCGUAUCAGAGCUGCAGGUUGGGCUGAAAAAACCAGGAAGAUGUGCUCGAGUCUUCUUCGAGAGGCGGCCAAAAGAACGUUAGUUGAACUGGACUUACACCUUCGUCAGGCGAACAAAUCGACGGAUUUCAUUGUGCCAUUGGAGUGCCUUACUAUGAUCAACACAAUUACAGCCAUUAGAAUGCAACUCUUUUCACUGUGUCAUCGGCACGAGUCUGAAGUCACAGGCGAUGGUCAACAAGGGACUAGAUCAGACAGCUCUGGUGACGUCUCCAUUUCGCAACCAUCCUCGGUAGGAGCUGAUUGGUCAAGGCCAAAUUUAACUUUAUUUAAGCUGUCACCCUUAGCGGACCCUAACUUGGAGUUUCCUUUGAAUUCUCUCUUACCAAAUCAAUUUGUGUUCUCCAUCCAGGUGCGGAUGUACACAGAGACAGAAGCAUUCUUGGAAGGCGUUCAUCGACAAAUGAGCGUUAUUCUCACAGACCACUUGGCGUUCGUUUUGUCUACUGUACUCAACAGACUGGCGAGAUAUGAUGAAGGCAACUUAAUCUCCUCUAUUCUUACAUUAGCGGUUGGUCAUUCUCCAUUUUUAUGCUUAUGUCCAGAUUCUUCAUUUAUUUAUAUCUCCUCCUUUCAGAAACCCGUGGAUGAAGAUGGUCGAAAUUACGCACAGUUUAUAAGUAGCAAUCUUCAAAUUCUGUGUCAGAAUCUUGUUGAUGACGUCUAUUUACUCUCAAUAUUCGAGAACUGGUACACGACCCAACUACGCCUGAUCCAUGAAUGGCUCAUGCAGAGACGCACUAGCGUUUUACAUCCCUACCAAAUAAAAUGCCUUGCGACAAUUGUGAGGAAGGCAUUCUCGGACUUCGAGCUUCAAGGUGUGGCCACUCAUGUCCUUGAAAACAUGACCUACAAGAAUGUGUGUCACCGGCUUCAGGUUGAGGAGGCAACAUUGUCGGUAUCAUCCAGUGCGCACGACAGGCCUCCUUCGUCGUCGCCGUCGUCCGCAGCAGACGGCCGUCAGAAUCUGAUUCGAGCUAUUGGUGAUGGACUGAGUACUCUUGCACAGGGCGCAGGGCUUCGACAUCGACAACUUUGA